UACUCAUCAGCGACCUGCUGCUAGUGGUGGUCCGCGGCGGCGGCCAUGGCGCCCCCGCCUGAAUCCGAAACCCUCCGCCUCCACGCCUCCUUCCUCUGCUCCCUCGCCAUCGCCCUCCUCCGCGCCGGCCGCCUCUCCGCCGCCUCCCACCUCCUCUCCUCCCUCCCCUCCCCUCCCGCCCCCCUCCUCCUCCGCCGCCUCAUCCCCGCCCUCGCCACCUCCGGCCUCGCCGCCGCCGCCAUCCGCUUCCGCCCCGCCGACCCCGCCUCCCUCAACGCCCUCCUCUACUCCCACUGCCGCCUCCGCCUGCUCCGCCCCGCCAUCGCGCUCCUCCGCUCCUCUCGCCCGACCACCGUCGCCUACAACAUCCUUCUCGCCGCCCUCUCCGACCAUGCCCAUGCCCCCGCGGUGCUCGCCGAAAUGUGCAAGCGCGGGGUGCCGUUCGACGGGGUCACCGUCAACACUUUGCUCGCUGGGCUCUGCAGGAAUGGCCAGGUCGACGCGGCGGCGGCCCUGGCCGACAGGGGCGGAGGGAUCCACGCCUUGGAUGUCAUCGGCUGGAACACUCUCAUUGCUGGAUAUUGCAGGGUUGGGGACACGCCCGCAGCAUUGUCCGUGGCCGACAGGAUGACGGCACAGGGGCUGCCAAUGGAUGUGGUGGGCUACAAUACCUUGGUUGCCGGGUUCUGCCGCGCCGGCCAGGUUGAUGCUGCGCGGGGCGUGCUGGACAUGAUGAAGGAGGCAGGGGUUGAUCCGAAUGUGGCGACCUACACACCCUUCAUUGUGUACUACUGCAGGACGAAAGGGGUCGAGGAGGCAUUCGAUUUGUAUGAGGGAAUGGUCAGGAAUGGAGUGCUGCUGGAUGUGGUCACGCUUAGCGCUCUCGUUGCUGGACUUUGUAGGGAUGGCCGCUUCUCGGAGGCGUAUGCUCUUUUCAGGGAGAUGGACAAGGUUGGGGCUGCGCCAAACCAUGUCACCUACUGUACGCUUAUUGACUCGCUGGCGAAAGCUGGGAGGGGCAAGGAGUUGCUCAGCCUGUUGGGGGAGAUGGUUUCUAGAGGCGUGGUCAUGGAUUUGGUCACCUAUACUGCUUUGAUGGACUGGUUGGGUAAACAAGGCAAGACUGAUGAAGUAAAGGACACACUUCGUUUUGCUCUUUCAGAUAAUCUCUCCCCCAAUGGUGUUACAUACACUGUAUUGAUCGACGCUCUCUGCAAAGCUCACAACGUCGAUGAGGCAGAGCAGGUGUUGCUGGAAAUGGAGGAGAAAUCGAUCAGUCCAAAUGUUGUUACGUUCUCAUCGGUCAUCAACGGCUUUGUUAAAAGAGGAUUGCUUGACAAAGCAACUGAGUAUAAGAGGAUGAUGAAGGAAAGGGGCAUCAAUCCAAAUGUGGUGACCUACGGAACACUUAUUGAUGGUUUCUUCAAGUUCCAAGGGCAAGAUGCAGCUCUUGAGGUGUACCAUGACAUGCUAUGUGAGGGUGUCAAGGUAAAUAAAUUCAUUGUUGAUUCUCUGGUGAAUGGUUUGAGACAGAACGGAAAAAUAGAGGAAGCCAUGGCAUUGUUCAAAGAUGCGAGUGGGAGUGGCCUGUCACUAGAUCACGUAAACUAUACCACUUUAAUAGAUGGGCUCUUCAAAGCAGGCGACAUGCCUACUGCUUUUAAGUUUGGUCAGGAGUUAAUGGACAGAAACAUGUUGCCCGAUGCAGUUGUUUAUAAUGUGUUUAUCAAUUGCCUUUGCAUGCUUGGGAAGUUUAAGGAAGCAAAAUCCUUCUUGACAGAGAUGAGAAAUAUGGGAUUAAAACCUGAUCAAUCAACAUAUAACACUAUGAUUGUUUCGCAUUGCAGGAAAGGAGAGACUGCUAAAGCUCUAAAACUCCUUCAUGAAAUGAAGAUGAGCUCCAUAAAGCCUAACCUCAUCACAUACAACACACUGGUUGCUGGUCUCUUUGGGACUGGGGCAGUGGAGAAGGCAAAGUAUUUGCUAAAUGAGAUGGUCUCAGCUGGAUUCUCUCCAUCCUCUCUGACUCAUCGACGGGUUUUGCAAGCAUGUUCACAAAGCAGGAGGUUGGAUGUGAUUCUGGAUAUUCAUGAAUGGAUGAUGAAUGCUGGGCUUCAUGCUGAUAUCACCGUAUACAAUACGCUUUUGCAAGUUCUGUGUUACCAUGGCAUGACAAGAAAAGCCACAGUUGUUCUGGAAGAAAUGUUGGGGAGUGGAAUUGCCCCAGACACAAUCACAUUCAAUGCUCUUAUUCUUGGUCAUUGCAAGAGCAGCCAUCUAGAUAAUGCAUUUGCUACAUAUGCUCAGAUGCUUCACCAAAACAUUUCACCAAAUAUAGCUACUUUCAACACGCUUCUGGGUGGUCUUGAGUCUGUUGGAAGGAUCGGAGAAGCAGGCACCGUGCUCAUUGAGAUGGAGAAGAGUGGGCUUGAACCCAAUAAUCUCACCUAUGACAUACUGGCUACAGGACAUGGAAAACAAAGCAACAAAGUCGAAGCAAUGAGAUUGUAUUGUGAAAUGGUGGGAAAGGGCUUUGUUCCUAAAGUAAGCACUUAUAAUGCUCUUAUAAGUGACUUCACUAAAGCAGGAAUGAUGACUCAAGCUAAAGAGCUCUUCAAGGAUAUGCAAAAGAGAGGUGUUCAUCCUACAUCCUGUACUUAUGAUAUCCUUGUAAGUGGAUGGUCAAGGAUUCGAAAUGGAACUGAGGUGAAAAAAUGUCUCAAAGAUAUGAAAGAAAAAGGAUUCAGUCCAUCUAAAGGCACUCUUAGUUUUAUAUGCAGAGCAUUCUCAAAACCAGGAAUGACAUGGCAAGCUCAACGUUUACUUAAAAACCUUUACAGAGUUUAAAAUGCGAAGUUUGGUCUCUUAUCUACCAGAUAUAGAUGUUUCUUUAUCUUGUCAGGGUGGUCAGUAGUGCUGAUUGAAUGAUUCUAUUGUCUAAUCCUCGACAAGCGUUUUGGCUCUCUGAAAAGUUUGUUGCAGUAAUCUCAUAGGGUGGCAUGUUUGAAAUGUGGCAGGUAUGAUCUUGCAAGAGAGCAGAAAUCCCAGAAUACAUAUUUUACGGAAAUAUACUGCUUCAGUGCAUCUAGACAUGUAAGUGGCCGGGCAGUCUCAUCACUUGGAGAAUGAUUUGGUGGCAAGUACCAUUUACUACAAACUAAAUGUACGUGAGGUUAAAGGAUGUGUAACACAUGUUACACUGCAGACAUUCUUGCACAGUUGCAUCCACAACCCAGAUGGAGGAAAAGAUGUUCCAGUUGGAAAAGAAAAUACUGUGCUCUUUGAAAUAUCAGUGCUAAAUUUGGAUAGACUAAGAACUCCUUAGCAAUAAUUGUUGCUGCAGAGUUGCUUUGAAAUCCUAUGCCUAGCUGGAUCAUAAUUGGUGAUAGUGAAGAUGGUUCAUGAUCCUGCAGUGGAGACCUUUGCAUACUUGUGUUGCCUGGCCUGGACCACAGGAUUAUCAGUGGGACUGGUGGAGUCCUGAUAACAGCUGAACUCUUCAGGUCACUGCUUAAGCAAUGAGAUAUUAAAGAUGGUGAUCAAACCAAUUUUUGUGCAUGUACUGCUGCAAGUUCAUAUGAACACAGAAGUUAACUUCAUUGAUAUUGUUUGUGCCUAUCAGGUUAUUGCACAAAACAUUUACCAAGCCAAGGAAAAAGGAGGUGUAAAUUAAGCAGAAGGAUGGUUGUAAAAAGGAGAGGGAUGGUGGUGGUCACGAGACCGGUAUGAGGCCACAAGUUAAGUGAAGUGAAGUGAAGUGAUGACCUAGUGCACAAGAUGGAUUCCACUGAUUCACACUUUGACACUUCACAUGCACACAACACAGGGACCAAGCAGAUCAGCUGGCCUUGCAAAAAAGUUGCUUGAGUGAGUGCAGGAGAUUGGUUGCAGCGUCGCACUCAGGGAACGCUCUGGUUCUAGUGUCACACCGAAUACGGUACCAUUCAUAUGCCUCAAUCCCAGCCUCUCCUGAAAAAAGGCUUUCUUUCCUUCGCUUCCACAAGCUGAUGCUCGUACAGUGUCCAAAUUUCACUACAGCCACUACUGCUUGGAUUGGUGCUACCUGUUGUUGUCCCUUGCUACCCUCAGCGUGUACUCCUGCUGCUCUGGUGCCACACCUGCUACUGCUACUAGUACCACUUACUACUUUUGCCACUUAUCAGCUCCCUAGUGGCAGGGAGUGAGAGGAGAGAGAGCCACUUCACUCUGUAGUGACACUAGUCGCUCAGCUGAUUAUGUGUGGACAUGUGACACCGUGUGUUUUUUGUGGCUAGCAAAAUGGUUAGAUAUCCUUUGUGGAUAUUCUAAUUUCUGCCUCAAGACACCGAUGUCUUUAUAGUAUAUAUGUUGAUAGCUAUGAGUAGAUGAGUGAAAAGGUUGCAGGGCAAUAGAAUGGUCUAGAACGGCAACUGUGCACCUAGAAGAUGACCUUCUGUUGAAUUGAAACCAGGGAUGCAUUUCUGAUAUGUUAGUUCUUAGAGGGGUGGGUCAUGAUGGUAUCGACUCUCUUACCAGAAAGAAAAUUCACAGAUACAGUUUUUUCUUCAAUUUGCAUUUUGCAGCUAGCAAACUAAGUGCCAGUACGGCAGUACAUACUCUCAGUGGCAGAUUUGUAAAUGUGAGCAUAAUGUGAUAGCUGAUAAGCGUGCGAUAAACAGGGACUCUGUAGCUACCAAAGUUGCUAAUUUUGGAAGCAUCACUUGGGUUGCAGCAGAAAGUAUUGGCCAUGAAGGUGAUGUCUUCAUUACUUAUCAGUGGUGCGAGCAAAAAGUGUUCAUCAGCUGAGCAGUGAGCUACAAAGAGAGUGAGUGAUGGCCAACUUGCCAGAGACGCAUUAUAGUUUGGCCGGUCACCGAACUAACUAUAACCUUGCAAGUUCGGCAAGCAUGUUAACUCUGGUGAUAAUCUGAAUUUGAUCUCCAUCAUAAGAUACUGCUGUGUGAAUCUUGGAGAAUCUGUGGAUGCACUUUUGGGAUCAGGUCAUUUUUUAUCUUCGCUAAAGCUGUAUAUGCACCACUGUGUUAUUAUUAUAUGGUCGAUUCAACCAAAUCCCAGACUCCAGACUUAUUAUUCCAAAAAGAAUGGCAAAGAAAGGUUAGGGAUUAUAUUAUCUAAGGUCUGGUUAUUUCGGAUAUUAUCUGACAUUCAUUACAAGUCAUUAUCAGGGACCCACAUUUCUUUUUCGUGGAAUCUAUUUUCCUAUACUGUUGGAUAAGAGUUGUACUGAACGGAGAAUUACUACUGGCUGUGAGCAACCUGAAGGUUCCGGUCUCCUUGCUUUAUGACAGUGAGAAUUAACUUUUGCCCAAUACUUGUUGGUUGUUACCGUGGCGACGUCCAUUUCGUUGGAUGAAGAUGCAAACUGAUGGAGCUGGAGAACUUUUAGUUAACUACUUAAGUUAAUGCACCAGUGGAGAAGCAUCUGUAGGAAGCAAUUAAGCUUGUGUCCGUCAGCAGCAGUAGGUGGUUAAGUUUCUUGGAGCAUUGGGCGGUGCAUACUUGUACCACAUCAUUAGAAAAUGUACAUGUGUGAGGUUGAGUUUAAUUAGCAACAUGCAGUCAUCAGCCAGGAAGCAAAGAGGAGGCAUGACUUGAGACGGAACAAAAGAUGAUUCUAGCACAUGGCAUCGGAAUAAGGUUUGCCCACCAAUCAGUGUGUGAGGAGUGGUUGCCCAUGAGCAAAGCCAACACUUGCCACACUCUUAAGGUGGCAGCCACAGCAAUCUAUUAUGUGAUGAAGCAUUGACUCUCCCUUCACUCCACGCCACUAAUUUAACUUGGGGCAAUCAUACAAUUCCAUCAGCAGGGGCAUAUUAUGGAUCAAUGGCUUCUCAACAAGUCUGAAGAAUCAUCCUGCCACAUAUUGAAUUAUUCCCAUCCUAGCUUGGAAGUUGGAAGUGUGGUUAUGUCCUCCUUGCUACCCUGCACAAGUGUCAAUUGCCAUGUGUAUCCACAAAGUACGUCUUAGUAGUAACACCAACUACCAGUAAUUGACUUGAGGGCCUGCAGGUUUGUUUGGAGAAGACAUGUCUGUCACUCUGUCAGUGAGGCCUGAACCUGAUGAUGCAUCGUGAUUAACGGUUCUCCAAGCAUGACAGACAGCACGAUACAGCUGCUGCUUCUGCUUGGGAUCCUUCGGGGAGCUGUUGUCAUGUGGAGUGAAUCUCGUCUCUCCAUUUAUUGUCACACUUCUUCUCCUCUUUUCUCUCUUCUUCUUUUUUCCGUCCAUCAUGAUAAUCAUCUGAACAGUCCUUAAUUUUUGUGAUCAUCUCGUCGUUUAUACUGGUGGUCUCACUGGAUCUCUCUUGUCUAGUAGCAUGAGUAUGACGUGAUGAGUGGUGGCCCAGUCACUUGCAGCCAGUGAUCCCCCUGCUAAUUAUACAUGGAUUGUGGAUGGUGCUGCUGCUACUGUCGAGUGUCCCACUACUGCUUCACUCAUCAUCCACUUGAGCCAGGCAGGCAGAUUCCUUAAUUCACCCCAACUCAGUCUCAUUGGUGUGUGCCCGAAUCACUGCUGGUACAGAUCCCUAUAUAGUGACUUGAAAUAUGCUACUAAGCACUUUGGCCAGGGCAAAAGCACACAAGGUUUUAGUAACAAAUCUUGCUUAAAGCUUUAUUAUCCAGAGGAGUGUCAUGCACUCUCUAAUUAACUUACCUUGCUAACUUGAUCAGGCAAUGACAUCAGCUCUCAGCACAUUUGAGCUGCUCUCAGAAGUUUUUGUUUUUUUUUAAGAGAAGGAUAGGUGGCUUGCCGUGUGUAUACAAAGAUUUGUUAAUCUUUUGGAUAAAUAAUGGUCAGCUUAACAGAAGUGAUCACGUUCAGGGGUACUAGUUGUCCAACUAGCGUUGCAUGCACUAAUUAGAUCCUUAAAGCUAGGGUUCUCCACAUGAGGGACAACUUGGCUAAUUGCCAAUCAUGGGCAGGAUCAUGGCAAGCUCAAGGGCACUUAUCUUUUCUGCACUGCUUAAGUAUGGCAAAGAGAAAACAAAGGCAGGUAGCAGCCACUGAUCUGAUCAUUAAUUUCCUCGGUAGUUUGGAUUGCAGAACAAGUGAGUGACCAGCAAGUGUAGAUGCAUGUGUAGUGUUGAGAGAUCCAGAGAGAGAGGAAGUGUGUUAGAGAGAGAAAGGAAGCUAUAUCUAGCUAAGCUAGACCAGCUUCCAACUGAUGCCUUGCUUGCCCCCACCACACCACAGCAUCAUAUCCAAUUGGCAUUGGUCUCCAAACUAAUUAAACUCUGUUUCUUUUUUCUAAUGAAGUUCCUUGUUGCCCCACACAACAAACAACAAUUCAUCACGUCAAGAAUCAUCUAUUAAUCAGCUACUAACCAGUCACCACCCGUUCCUCCCUCGAUCACUCGUUGACUUAUAUCUCACACAAUAACACAAAGAUCGUCUUCACUACUAGCUUCUUCAACUUGAAGGAUUAAAAUUGGAUGAAAUUAAGGUUUGCUAUUUAGAUAUAUGCAUUGUAUAACUACUCAAUUACUUUGGUGUAGUUAAUUGAGUUAUCAGCUAAGCCACGUCAGUGUUUACUGUAUGUAUGAAAGUUGUAUGGUUCUUAGGCGAUAAGUAGACGCGCAUCGUGUACAAAUACAUUGUACGGGAACAGUGGUUAGGGUGUGGCAAUUAAAUUUGAGGACGACCUACUUGAUUGAGACAGUGCAGCCACAGCAGCAGCAACUAUUAGUAUCGCCCAAACCAAAUCUAAGCUAGUGAGAUCCAGUGAACUAAGAAAUGAAAAAAAAAA